AUGCAGAAGGCAGAUGAGAGGAGCAAGACACUCAUCCGGGGAAGAUCAGGCUCAACGGGGUGUGACCAGCAACGGCCGGGAUCUGGUACUAAGUCCACGGAGAAGAAACAGGAGGGCGUGAGUGAGGGCCAACAUUCGGCCGGAGAGAUUUCCGCGGGAGCCGGUGGAUUCGAACAAUGA